AUGGCUUUCCCUCGAAGAAUGUCGCGGCUCGUCCUGCUCACCGGCCUCGUGCUGGUCGUAAUGCUGGUGAUGCACAUGAUGCCGGGCGACGAUGCCCCCUCGCCGCUGGUAUCACAAAACCCUCCCGCUCCUGGAGGCCAAUCGCCCCAAUCACCAUCACAGGACUCGCCCGGGUUAAAAUUCGAUUGGUCCAAGGCGAAGCUGUUCUACCCCCCAGAGUCCAUUAAACCGAUGCCGACUGGCUCCCCGCGAAAGCUGGGACGAGUGCAAGCCCCCGACGACGCCUUUGCCCACGACGACGAAACAAAGAAGCGGCAGAGAGCUGUGCGGGAUACUUUUAAGAAGAGUUACAACGCAUACAGAACAUAUGCCUGGAUGAAGGACGAGCUGAUGCCCGUGUCGGGCGGCUUCAAGGACCCCUUUGGCGGAUGGGCUGCCACUCUAGUCGAUGCCCUCGACACACUCUGGAUCAUGGACCUGCGAGACGAGUUCCGCGAGGCAGUCAAAGCCGUCAGCGGGAUCGACUGGUCCGUUACAAAGGACAACGCCGCGAAUCUAUUCGAAACGACAAUUCGCCAUCUGGGCGGCCUCUUGAGCGCAUACGACCUCAGCGGCGACAAAGUUCUACUAAACAAGGCCGUCGAGCUGGCCGAGAUGCUCUACCACGGGUUCGACACCCCAAACCAUCUCCCAGGCUUCUGGUUUAACUACAAAGAAGCCAAAUCCGGCGCUCUGGUCGCCGGCACAAACGACCCUUCUGCCUCCCCGGCCUCCCUCUGCGUCGAAUUCACCCGCCUGUCGCAAAUCACCGGUGACCCCAAGUACUACGACGCAACCGACCGCGUAACACGCUUCCUCGAAAGAACCCAAAACGAUACCCUCCUCCCCGGCAUGUGGCCCAUCACCCUCGACUUCCGCAACGAAGCCGCCCGCAACAGCGAGUUUAGCCUUGGCGCACGAGCCGACUCCCUCUACGAGUACUUCCCGAAAAUGCACGCCCUCACCGGCGGCGUCGACCCCGUAUACGAGCAGAUGUACCGCACGUCCAUGGACACGGCCGCCCAGCACCUCCUCUUCCGGCCCAUGCUGCCCAGUGAGGACGACAUUCUCUUCUCGGGAGACUACCACGCCCGGAGCGCGGAGAAGCUCGUCCCGGAAAGCCAGCACCUCACCUGUUUCGCAGGCGGCAUGUUUGGCCUCGGCGGCCGCCUGUUCAGCAUUGACGAGCACGUCUCGCUGGGCGAGCGUCUCGCGCGCGGCUGCGGCUGGGCAUACAGCGUCUUCCCGACCGGCUUGAUGCCCGAGAUUUUCAGGCUCAUCCCCUGCAACGACAGCAAGGAGUGUCCCUGGGACGACGCCGUCUGGAAGAGGGUGGGUGGCAAGAACCUCCCCAAGGGGUUCGUCAACGCCCGCGAUCCGCAGUACCAGCUGCGCCCCGAGGCAAUCGAGAGCCUGUUCAUACUGUACCGCAUCACGGGCAAGAAGGAGCUGCAGGACACGGCGUGGGCCAUGUUCCAGGCGAUCCUGGGCUCGACGGAAACCAAAUAUGCGUAUUCGGCCAUUUCAGAUGUCACGACGAGCGGGAAUACGAACAAGGUUGAUUCAAUGGAGGUCAGAUAA